GAGUGCUAUAACAUAGGCCCAUAAAAGGAGCCUGGAACUUUCAGAAUUCACGAUAUCCCCAAAAAUAUACACAUUCUGAAGAGGAGAGGUGGAUCGUCUUUUAUCUCCGCUUUUACGCCAAAUCCUAACUAAGAUCUCCGUCAAUGGCCAUGAACGGUGACGAAACUAAGCCGCCGGCGAAGAUCCUCUGGAUGAAGCUCCCGGGUUGGGCAGAUGACGUCCCGGAAAACCAUGUGCUUCAUAUGACGGAGGACACCGCCAUUCGCUAUAAGAUUCCGCUCACGCCUUACAAUCCUAACAAUAAGGAAAAGGGACGCAAAAUUGUACUCAUUAAGAAGAGUGAUAUUGAAAAGGUGGUGUGCACGGUUUGUGGGCAGGAGAAUGACCACUUCAGUUUUCAGUGCCCUAAUGAUGAUCCUGAUCGCGAACUUAUGGAACAAAGAGUUAUUAAUGGGGUUGAGAGGGUUAUCUACUGUCACUAUUGUAAGAAGAAGAAUGACCACUUCAGUUGGAGGUGCCCAGAUGAGGAACCCAUGCCAUUUGACCCAUUGGUUGCAGAGGAUUUGAUUUGUGAAUACUGUGGUGUUGAGGCUGAGCACUGGACUGAUGUUUGCCCCAAGCGGAAACACACACCACCCCCUGAACCAGAGCCUGGUUCCAGGGAAUGUUUGAUUUGUUGCAAGUAUGGUGACAGUGAGCACUGGACUGAGGACUGCCCCAUGUUGGCUAAUGGCGAUUGCAAAUUUUGUUUUACCUGUCAGUCGCUGGGUGACCACAAUACUGAUGAAUGCCACAAGUUUGAGGAGACAAAUAUCUUUUGCUCGUGCUGUGAGGCCACAGGUCAUUUGUGUGAAGAUUGCCCUAGGGAAUUCAAUGAUGGUCGCAAGUACUGUGGAGUUUGUGAUUGGAUGUGUGACCACUUGACUGAACAUUGCCCUUUGGCAGAAAGAAGAGCUACCACCAGUGGCAGCUUCACUAUGUCGAAAAUGUGAUGGCAACUUAGAUCUUGUGACCAGUUGUUUGGAGGAUUCCUGGGAGCCUGUGUUUGAACUUUUGUGGCCUUUAUUGGCUGUGACCAAUGGUGUUGGAUCAAUAACUCUUUCUGCUGGAUUAGGAAUUACUUUUAUAUGUUGUUGUUAGCUACUUAGCUGGAUAUAUGGAGUUUACUUUUUAGCAGCUAUGUUCUUGUUAAUAUUUGGUGUGUGAUGUGUAUGUCUGGAAUGCUGUAUAUUAGUGUCGCAGACAAUGACUAAGGGUACCCCAUGAUUUCCAUGAGCAUUAUUUACCAACCUUUUUACGUGUUACAUUAUUUUCUUUCGAUGUAUCAAAAUGUGUGAAAUGAGAAG